AUCAACAACAUCAUCACCAUCAUCAUCAGUCAUGAUCUCUCCUGGUCUCCUGCUGGUUCUGCUGGUUCUCACCUGCCUUCAGUCUUUUACAAUGGCCCAGAAUGGAAAUGUACCAGACUCAUGCUGUUUCAGAUACCAGAGAACUCCAAUCCCUAUCAGAGUCAUUACAGGGUAUAAAGUAACAGACCGUCAGUGUACAAAACCUGCAGUCAUCUUUACCUUGAAGAACAUCCGUCAGGUGUGUGUAGAUCCUGAACUCGAGUGGGUGCAGAAACACAUGAAAAGAAUUGACAAGAUCCUGAACAAAACUUCUUUAUUUUCAUCUCCACCUCCUCAGGGUGUGUCAGGAGACACAAGUGUCCGUGCGUCAGCAGUUGAAGACAGCACACGUUAUGAGUGA